CGUCAGUGAGAACAUCACGAGCUGCUCUGUGAGUGUGUGAUGAUCAAUAAUCAUCAAAGAGUUGAUCAUAAUCGAUCGAUAAUGUGGUCGAGUGUGGAGCAGCUGGUGCUGGAGGAGUUCAUGGUGACGGCGGUGACUGAAAUCUGUCAGAGACUCAAAGAGACACGCGAAGAAGAAAAGACUGAGCCGCCGCCGCUGAGCGCCGCGUGGCUUCCUGUGUGUGUGUGUGUGUGUGUGUGUGUGUGUGUGUGUGUGUGUGUUGUAGGAGGAGCUGCUGGCGGUGAUGAAGAGGCUCUGUGAGGCGCUCCUGCAGGAGCUGAGGAGGCUGCUGGAGGAGCAGCAGGAGCUCAGACAACACGCCGCCAUCGAGCCUCAGCGGGACUCCGCCCCCCCUGCAGCUGAAGGAGACCCUCAGGUGGAGGUCAGCCACCAGUCAGACGCUCCCGAAGCUGAGAGCAGCCAAUCAGAGCAGACGACUACGGCGGGCAGCAGGCGGAGCUUCAGCUGCAGCGUCUGCAGCAGCAGCUUCUCCAGACGGACCAACCUGAGCGCUCACCUGCGUGUCCACAGCCGCGAGCGUCCUUUCACCUGCUCCACCUGCGGGAAGACUUUCUCCGCCCGCAGCAGCGUCAGAGUCCACCAGCUCACCGUGCACGGCGAGCAGCGGCCCCACAGGUGUCCUCACUGCGGCAAGGUGUUCGGCACCCGCAGCCACCUCAGGACGCACCUGACGUCCAGCUGGGGACGCCACGGACAGACGCUCACCUGUUCGUCCUGCGGCGAGACGCUGGUGGCGAGGUGCCGCCUCCGAGAGCACAGGCUCACCUGUCAGAAGACAGACGACAGGUUCAGGUGUGCAGAGUGCGGGAAGGAGUUCUCCAAACACAGUUACCUGUCUGCGCACCGCAGAGUCCACCUGAAGGACAAACCCUUCAAAUGUCCCACCUGUCAGAAAGGUUUCACCACACGCCGCAGCGUCCACGUCCACCAGCUGACCGUCCACAGAGGACUGAAGCCGUUCACCUGCAGCGUCUGCAGGAAGACCUUCAGCCAGCGCAGCGGCCUCACGGCUCACCUGAGGACGCACACGGGUGAGCGGCCGCACGCUUGCGAGCAGUGCGGGAACUCUUUCUCCAGCAGGAGCAGCCUGUCGGUGCACCGCCGCGUCCACACCGGAGAGAAGGCGUUCAGCUGCGACACCUGCGGGAAGAGCUUCAACGUGUCUGCCAACCUGCGGCGCCACCAGCUCGUCCACUCAGGCCGCCGGGCGUUCACCUGCACCGUGUGUGGCCGCAGCUUCACGCAGGCCGGACACCUGAAGGUGCACCGCACCGUGCACAGCAGCGAAUGGGCGUUCAUCUGCAACGCCUGCGGGAAGGGCUUCAGACAGCGCAGCGCCCUGCUGGUGCACGAGCGCGGCCACGCCGGCAUCAAACCGCACAGCUGCAGCGAGUGCGGAAAACGCUUUUCCUCGUCCACGUCGCUAAGACGCCACCAGCUGGCUCACAGCGGGCAGAGAGCUCACACCUGUGACGAGUGCGGGAAGAGCUUCACCAGCGCCCACAUCCUGAAGACUCACUUGCAGCUGCACGGCGCCAGCAAAGCGUUCUCCUGCGACGUGUGCGGCCGCGGCUACAGCUCACUGAGCUACCUGAAGACGCACCGCCGCAGCCACUCGGAGGGGAAACUGUUCAGCUGCGCUCAGUGUCAGAAAAGCUUCUCCACGCAGGCCAGCAUGAAGCUGCACGAGCGCACGCACAGUGGAGAGAAACCGUACGUCUGCGAGGUCUGCGGGAAGAGCUUCAGCGUGUCGCAGAACCUCGUCAGACACAAGCGCGUCCACAGUGGAGAGAAGCCAUUUGAGUGCGGCGUCUGCGGAAAGAGAUUCAGUCAGAACAACAACCUGAAGUCUCACCAACUGGUUCACACGGGACAGAAACCUUUCAGCUGCUCCGCCUGCGCCCGCGGCUUCACCUCCAUGAGGAGCCUCCGAGAGCACAAGUGUGUCGCUGCUGAGUGAGUGGCGAGUCAGACAGGAAGCUGAGGAGCAACCACCUGUCCUGAGAGCGUACGGUCAAGAGCCUCAAACAUGAGGUCAUGACGACCGUCAGUCCUGGAAACGUUCCCUGAGAGCGGCUGUCAGGGGUCUCAGGGGGUGGAGCCUAUCCCUGCUGUCAUUGGGUGAGGGGCGGGGCUCUGUGCCUUGCUGUGAGGCGAUGGUGCGAACACCACUGCACCACCCAACACUGAAGUUUUGGUUUGAGAGACUCUAAAGAGACAGUUAUGACUCAUGUUGAAGCUGAAUGUCCAGAGAAGAAGAGAAAACAUUUAAACGUAUAUUUUGUUUUGUUGUUAAAGCUGCAGCAGACGUUUGUCAGAGAAACAGACUGCACGACUCAAGCUGCUGUUCAGAUGUGUCACUUUACAGAAAUAUUAAAGUGUGACGUCUCAGAUGUUUUUAUUCCUCCAGGCUGCAUUUAUGAUCUGAAUCUUUCUCCUCCUGAACGUGACCGACUUCCUUCAGUCCGAAUCAUCCUGGAAAAGUUUCACUUUAAUACUUUAAUAAACUUUAAAUAAUCUGAACAUUUAUUUUACAGCAGAGGAAACAUUUGGAAGGACAGAGAUCAGAUCUGAGUCCACGAUGAGACACGUCCUGUUUCACACCUUCUUUAUUUACAGUUUAACGUCAUCCAUGAGGUCACGUGUCCGUUUGUUGCUUUCAGACUCUGACAGGAAAAAUAAAUCAUCAGAGUCGUGUUCAAACUCUGAACCUCCUGGUUUCAUACUGCAGGAGGAGAAUAAAGAUGGAAACUGACAUCAUCAUCAUCAUCAUCAUCGCUCACACUGAAACAUGUUUGUAAUGUGACUUAAAACCUGAAAUUAAAAACACGUUCAAUGUUUAAAGUCUCUUUUUUUUAUCUUGUCCUUAAUCUUGUUCAGCAGUUGAGGCGCCCAGAGGCUCAGUGGGCGGGGCAGCGACCCGUGUACAGAGGCCACAGUGGCUGCAGGUUGCUGACUGUCAGCCCGUCUGUCACACAUAAAAAGCCUAAAAAUAAUCAGUCAUCAGUCCAUUCUGUGUGUAAAAGACUGGCCACUUUAUUAGGAACACUUUGCAAGUACCGGGUUGGACCCCCUUUGCCUUCAGCACUGCCUUACUUCUUCAUGGUGCGUUAUCCUGCUGGAAGUAGCCAUCAGAAGAUGGGUACACUGUGGUCAUAAAGGGAUGGACACGCUCAGCAACAAUACUCAGGUAGGCUGUGGUGUUUAAACCAUGCUCAGUUGGUACUAAGAAAAUCUCCCCCACACCAUUACACCACCAGCAGCAGCAGCAGCCUGAAGCGUUGAUACAAGGCAGGAUGGAUCCAUGCUUCCAUCUGAAUGUGGUUUUUCCAAUCUUCUAUUGUCCAGUUUUGGUGAGAAAACCCGUGUGAAUUGUAGCCUCAGUUUCCUGUUGUUAGCUGACAGGAGUGGCACCUGGUGUGGUCUUCUGCUGCUGUAGCCCAUCUGCUUCAAGGUUGGACAAGGUGUUGUUGCUUCAGAGAUGCUCUUCUGCACACCUUGGUUGGAACCAGUGCUUAUUUGACUUCCUGUUGCCUUUCUAUCAUCUUGAACCAGUCUGGCCAUUCUCCUCUGACCUCUGGCAUCAACAAGGCAUUUUGGCUCACUGGAUAUUUGCUCUUUUUGGGACCAUCCUCUGUAAACCCUAGAGAUGGUUGUGCUGAAAAUCCCAGUAAAUACUCAGACCAGCCCGUCUGGCACCAACAACCAUGCCACGUUCAAAGUCACUUCAAUCACCUUUCUUCAUCAUUGUGAUGCUGCGUUUGAACUUCAGCAGCUCGUCUUCAUCAUGUCUACAUGACUAAAUGUUAAUGAGCUUUGGAGCCUUUUGUAAUAUUUCUUCCAUUUUUAUUUUGUUUAAUAUUUUGUAUUACUUUUUAAAACUUUU